AUAAAAAUUAUAGUUGCUUUCUCAUUUUCCUGCACUGUUCUUGCUUCGUCUUUCUCUUUCUCGCAUCGGCUCCGGCGAAAUCGGUGGGAAAUUCAGUGUUUCUUUUUGUUGUCUAUUUUUGGAGUUUUUUUGUUUCGGCGAAGAUCAUGGUGGGGAGCUGUCGCGGAGCUUGAUGAUGCCCUAGGGAGUGGAUUCCGGCGGUUGGUGGAUCUCUUCUUCCGUUGGUUGCUGAUCUGGCGGUGGCGUAAGGGUUGGGAUUCCGGCUUGUGGUAGCAUGGAGCUGAGGGAGGGAGGGGAGGGAGUGGUUCCUUCUCCGGCGGAGGUGGAAGCGGUGGCGGCUGUUGCGGAGGGGUCUGGGAGUUACCAGCAGCCGCCGCCGCCGCCUGCGACGUUGGCGCUGGAAGCAGAUGCUUCGAGGGAGAAAAAGCCUGCUAAAGAGGUCGGCGGUGCUGCGGCAGCGGCUACGAUAAUGGCUACGACAGCUGGAGGUGUGGUGGGGCCUUCGGCGGCGGCAGGAGGAGAGACCGGGGAGGCUUCUGGGCUGGUGAAGAAGAAGCGAGGGCGGCCGAGGAAGUACGGGCCGGACGGGACCCCGCUGCGGCCGCUGAACCCGAUGCCGAUCUCGGCGUCUGCGCCGGCCGGCGUCCAGUACACGUCGGCGGCCGCGGUGGGGGCAGUAAUGAAGCGAGGUAGAGGCCGGGCGGUGGGGUCGGUGGGGUCGGUGAGCAAGACAUCUUCGCAGUUCAGUCUGCAGGUGGAGCAUUUAUCUUCAGGUGGUUUCCCUGAGCAAACAGCCAUCGCAGGGGAGAUGGUAAACUGCUCUGCAGGUGCAAAUUUCUCACCUCAUAUAAUUGUUGUUGCUGCUGGAGAGGAUGUUACUAUGAAAAUCAUAUCUUUUUCACAACAAGGACCUCGAGCUAUUUGUAUUUUGUCUGCUAAUGGUAUUAUCUCAAAUGUUACACUUCGUCAGCCUGAUUCAAGUGGUGGUACAUUAACUUAUGAGGGCCGUUUUGAACUGCUCUCCUUAUCUGGAUCAUUCAUGCCAACUGAAAAUGGAGGAACAAGAAGCCGGUCCGGCGGCCUGAGUGUUUCAUUGGCAAGUCCUGAUGGUCGAGUUAUUGGCGGAGGAGUUGCUGGUCUACUUGUGGCUGCAAGUCCAGUGCAGGUUGUGGUCGGAAGUUUCUUGCCUAGUUUCCAGAUGGAGCACAAAACAAAGAAGUCAGGACUCGAAGCUGGAUCAGUAUCUACACCGGCAUCUGCAAUUCCACUCUCAAGGACCAACAUGGAGGAGGAAGCUUUGGGUAGCAGACAAGCACAGCCCAGUUCAGUAACUGCCAAGCCAGGUUCUUCGACAACACCAGGUUUUACAGUGGAAAAUUGGUCUCCCCGGAGCUCCCCAAUGGACAUAAACAUAAGUUUGCCUGGAGGGUGAAAACAAGAAGAAAAAGGAAAAAGAUUUCUUGUCUUUUUUUUUCCUCAAUUGAUAGUCAUUUAUUCUUCAACUGGAAAUCGUCUCUACUGAUCAGAACUAGGCAUAUAUGCGUUGUCGAAAACUCCCUAAUGUUUGUGUUAGCUUGCAUUUGCUUCUAUCGUCGCUGAUGAACUUUAAGAGUUUGGUGUUUGGAUUGAUAGUUCCAUAGCAAGUGAUGCUUUCAGUAAUUCCAAUAAUUUUCUCCUUUGUUUGGAAGAAUUGUGUCAUCUUAGAGAUGUUCAAGACUGAUUUAAGAAUGUUGAUUGAUAGGCUCUAUUAUGAAUCUUUUCAA